UGCAGAGCUAAAAUUAGAUAAAAAAAUGUGUUGAAAUACAUUUUUCAUUUUUGUAAUAUAAUAAUCCGUCCUUUGUUUUAAUCAGCAAAGACACUCUGUCUUCAAAUUAUAGUAAAACGAAUCUAAUUAAUCAAAACAAUGGGUAUCAAGAAAUAUAUUCAUGAUUCCUUACUGUAAAAAUAAAUUUAUGAUUGCAAUUAUUAAUCAGUGAACGAAGGUUUUCUCUUAAACAUGAAGAUAUAUUUCCUGAAUAUACGUGAUUAUGAUUUUUUUUUUAUUAUAUAACAUAUAUGUAUAAAAAUAAUUCCAGAGCGAAUGUGGAAUGAAGAGUGUUUAAUGAUAAUGACUAAUAAUACCGAGUUAUUAAAAUAGUAAUUAAAAUAAAAAAUUGUAAAUUAUAUAGAUAAAUGUAAAAUUUUAAUAUUACGGAUUUUUCAUAGAGCAUUAAGGGUUGCAAAGCUAUAGAUAAUAUUAGGCCAAGUAUAAAAGAAGCUGGUUGUUUACCCGCUCGUUAUAUAUGUAUAGUAUCUCGUUAUAUCAUUCUAAAAAUUAAAUAACAGCCAAACAAAAAUAACAAGCAUACGUUGCAAUCUGACAAUUGAUACUGAUUUUAUAAUUUCUAAGUUUCUUAUUUUGAAAAAUACAUGAAUUUGAAAGAUGCACGUUAGACCUGUAUCUCCAUUUUAAAUAUUAGUCGCAAAUGUUAGUAUCAAUAAAUAAUCAUAUUAGCUUAAUAUUACGGUAACCAUAUAAUUACCGUAAUAUAGCCUUACAUUAAGCACGAUGUUCUUACUGUAUACUGAGACACUUAAAUCCAGUACCGUGUAAAAGAACAGAAUUUGAAACUUUAAAAUCAGAAGGUCUGCAUUGUAAACGUAUGUGAUAUCGACUGUACAGCGACAAAUAGCGAUAAAUGCCAGAUUUAAUUUAUGUACUAAUUACCUUAAAUAAAAUGAAAAUGUCGUUUGUACAAAUAUUUGAAACAUCUUUGUGGACAGAGUAAAGCAGAUAAUAAAUCCAUAGAAAUCAAUUUAGUAUGCUGUAAAACAAAAGACAAACGCUGUUUUGAGUAAACAGGAUAGUAGAUGAGCGUAAUCCAUCUUGAUACUUCAUUAAUAUUAUAUUAUGUCUUAUAAUUAAAAUAUCAUUAUAAUUCGUAAAAAAACAAAUAUUAUACAUUUUUGAAAUACUCCAUCAUCUUCGAAUGGAUUUUCCAGUGAAAACAGAAGAAUUUCCCUGCAAUGAACUGAUGAAAACGCUCGAAAGAAAUGUAGCAAUUUUAAAAAUAGAAAAUCAGUAUAAUUUAAAAAUCAGUUAUGAAUUGGAAACUAAACUCACGUGGUUCAAUAAUAUAUCACGUGGCCUUGCGGAUAAACUUGAUUCCUUAUGGAAAUUAUCCGAAGCACACCAUCCAGCAGGAAAUGAAAUAAAGCAAUUUGCAGAUCAAAUUUCAUAUUCAUGGACUUCUAUGAAUCGACAGAUUUGCGAAAAAUAUUCUAAAAUUCGAAUGGCCAGUCGAAUGUUGCAUGGUGUACCGUUAUCACUGAUUUUGGAUAAAGUAAAGAAAGAAAUUAUUUUAUUAAAGCUAUCAUUAAACAUUAAUGAAUCUAUUCAUAGUCAAGAAUAUAUUCUAAAAGGAUAUAAAUUAAUUGCUGAAAGUGAAGAACUUAUAUGUAGUUUAGAAAAGUGUGAUAGUAAGUUACAACAAUAUUUGUCGAUAACAAAUAUUACUCCAUAUCUUAUUAAAUUAGAAUCUACAAUAGAUAAAUAUGUCACUAAUGUUGAAUUGUUGCCUACAAAAAAAUCGUUCAUAUCUGAUUUAAAUAUUUUUUCAUUUGUUACAAAAUUAUUAACUGGUGAAUUGCUAGGUCAUGAAUAUGUUGAUCCUAAUUAUGUUCUAAUGGAAAAUGUUCCGAAAAAACCAGUUUUUAUUAUCAAAAAUAUUAAACGUAAAACAAUUUAUUCUCAUUUUCCAACAUGAAAAGUAUUUAUCCUACAGAUAUGCAGGUUACUAAUUUUAUAAUACUGUUCAUUUUAAAUUUUUACAAUAAACCAUUAUAUUUAGAACAACACAUUAUUAUUAACAGCAAAUAAAAAUUAAUUUAUUGAAUUAAUGAAUAUCUUUAUUGACUUAAUAAAUGAUAUUUGGCAACGUACUGCACAUUGGGCAAAUAAAAUUUAGAUUGAUAGAAGUAUUUAAAUCCUUAUUGAUAUUAUACACAAUAUAGAGAUAUUAAUUUUUAAUGUACAAACAUUUGAUAAAUUAAAUCCUGCUAAGCAGAAAAAUGAUGUAAAGAUUGAGCAUGAAUUAUUUGGAAAUAUAUAAAAUAAUGGGUGCAUAUAAUAUAUACA